AUGAAGUUCACUUCACUUCUCGCGGUCGCCCUUCUCGCUGGCGGAGCAGCGGCCCAACUGGGAACGUACGACGUUGAUGAGCUUGCCACCCGCGAAUUCGACGACGAGUUGGAGCUCACUGCUCGUGAAUUCGACGACGAGAUUGCACUCGCUGCUCGUGAAUUGCACGAAGACCUUGCCCUUCGCUCCCUCUACCAUGUCAAGCGUCAAGCCGAGGAUCAUGCUGAACUGAUUGCACGAGCCGUUGACAUCCUCGACAACGCCCUUUACCGCCGCUGGGGCUCUGGCCGCUAUGUGAUCGAUGACCACACCUACCAUCGCGAAGUCAAGCCCAGAAUCCUCUCUGAAAUGAGGAAGCUCAAGUCAUUCACGAGCAAGUGCGGUUCCAACCCCGACUUCCACGUCGAGCGCGACGGAACCGUCUACCCGAGCUCUAGGAAUGAUAAGAAGGGACAAUGCACCAAGAGAGCCUUCAGCAUCAAUAUGCAUGAUCUGCUCUCGAGCUACGUCCAGCGCAGCCGAUCGCCGUCGCCAGCAGGCAAACGCAAGCGCGAUCUCGAGAACCUCGAGGACCUUGAUUAA